UAAUAACUUCUAGUCAGUUCGACAAGUCCACAACGAGCGAUUUUGAGAUAAAAUUUAUGUAUAAAUUUUCAUUCUGAAUAGAGAUACAAAGUAAUAAGUGCAAACAUGUUUAUAAGAGAGGUCCCAAAUCCACCACGAGUAAAGAAGUCCCCUCAGAACACUGGCCAACAAAUGACACCAUAUGUGGCGGCUGUCAAACGCGGACCUUACACGCUGACCAAUCCAGUUUAUAAUCAUCCGGAGCCAGAAGACAGCAACGCAAAGAUGCAUAACCACACUUUUAACAUCGAUGUGAAUGCGAUGAAGAACAAUUUCAAACAUCAUCAACGUGCGAUUCCUACGCCUAUAAGCAAGUCCCAGCUGCCUAAAAUAAAGUCUCGAUCCCAUUUGGGUAUGAAUGAACAAAGGGAUCUAUAUCGUCAGCAUCGCGAUCGUCUGGCCAACAUUAAAGGCAAGGUGAACACUUGCUUGCCACCACCCAAGAUGAAAAGCAGCGAGGGUAAUGGAAUGGAGCUUUCUUAUAUGGAAAUGCUUACGGCGCUUUACAGGAAGAGCAACAAUACGUUGCGGACAUUCACCAAGUCGCCGGAUCGUUUGGCCGCUGGUCGCUGGAGGAAUGCCAGCGUAGCCCGGGAGAAGGAACGGAAACAGCAAGAGAGAAAUAUGAAAUUUAAUCCAGGUGGAAAUUUGUUUGAUCCAGCUAUGGGAAAAUCCCAUCACAAGGUCAAAAUGAUUAAGGCGUUCAGCUACGAGGUGCCAAUGCAUGUGCUCCAUCGAUACGAGGAUCUUAUGAACAUAUGCGAUGUGAGUGUUCUGUGUAAGCUGCUACGUCCACAAAUCUACAUUGAUGUAGAGGUCCUUGGCACUCAAAUACGGGGUCGUCUUGCCAUUCAGCUCUUCACGGAGGCGUGUCCCCAAGUUGUGCUAGAAUUUAUGCGUAUCUGUUCCAAUCAGAGUAAUCACAGCAUUAGCUUCACUCGAAAUUUUGCGCCCAUUUGGCUUGAAGGCUGUAUUGCCCUGGAUCCGGAUCGCAAUCUCGAUAUGAAUAAUAUCGAACACGAUUUCGAGGUACUCAACCAUGGCGUCGAUGCUGGCAUUCUUUCCUUUCCUUGUCGCUAUGUGCGCGGUAAUGCUCGGACUGCGCUCACUUUUACCAUUAGCUACAAACCGUUGUCAAUUCUGAACGGCAAGCGAGUGGCUUUUGGUAAGGUUCGCAAGGGACUUCAGCUUCUGGAAAAGAUUCAAGACGCUACAGCUCAUUUGGCAAAGAAUAAUCAGCUCGUUGCCAUUAAAAGCUGCGGAGUUCUUUAAGUUGAAUCGAAUGAUCAAUUUUGUCGUAUGGGGGAACUUCCGCUCUCUCUGUGAACACCUGUUAUAGAUCUUUUUAUAUUUUAAUCUGUGAGAUCCAAAUGGCCAUAUAAAAUUGUAUGUUUACUGAUAUUACCAAUAUAGUAUUACGCAUU